AUGACCAACAGCCGCUCAUGUGGUGGAUUGGAGGAGGAGGAGGAGGAGGAGGAAGAGGAGGAGGAGGAGGAGGUGAGUGAGAAAGAAAUGGAGGUGGAGGAAGAAGAGCAGGAGGAGGAGGAGGAGGAAGAGGAGGAGGAGGAGGAGGAGGGAAAGGAGGAUGAAGAAGACGCCAUGCAUAUUAUACAAACAGGAUACAGCACAAGGGACGUGACGUCCAGCAACGUUGCAGCCGAGCCACCAGGGGAACACCAUGCAGCAGCAUCAUCACAGGCCACAAGACGUUCCAGCAGAAUAGCAAACAGGAAUUCGAACAUCAACAACGGAAUUAUUUAG